AUGCUAGGCGGCGUCCGCGGUCCGACGCGUGACGCGCGCGUCUUGGCUCCUUUGGUGGCACAGCCUGCGGACGACCACAGGCGCCGGAUACGGUCUCACGAAUUCCCUCCUAGUCGUGCCAGCUACAGUUACGCCGGGUCAUCUGAGCGACAGCAAUGGCUCGCCGAGCUACCUUCUUACAGUCGCCACCGUGGCUCACCAACAAGCUUCGCUGCUGUCGGAUUACCGCGGCCACACGGCGACGAGCUUCACGAUCCGGAUAUUAUCACACAGGCACCAGGUCCUAUGGGAUCGUUCUUCUGCACUGGCUUCCGAGACCCUCGGCCUGCGCUGGAUCCUGGGCCUCCACCUUUCACAAAUCUAAAACCAAAUGCAGUUCAACCUCAGCUGCCGUUACGUUGGCCGGGCGACACCAGGGUCGUCGCCUUCCCGAGUCCGCUUUGGUGGAAACCGCAUGACGCAUACGUCGCGGGCCGGUACAUGCAUCGUACUCAAGCUCGGUGCAUCAUCUGGGCGCCAGAGGAUGACAACAACCUCUUGCUUGGAACAACAGACGAGUGCACGUUGACGCCAGAGGCCAUCGAGGCCAUCAUAGCGUCUGCAGAAGACUGCGCAGCCUUGAGCGCCGGGGCAAUUGCACUGAUGAGCGGUGAUGAGCUCGACCAUAGGCUCACAGCGCCCUCACUCCUGUUCUUGUGCCCCCCAUCGAUACCGCGACCGGGAGCGGACCCUGCAUGGAGAGCGGUCAUGACUUCUAGAGAGCACCGAGACAAGCUCGACGACUUCCGUAACGCCUGCCUGAACCACUUGGGGCUAGCAAGUCUUUUGCUGCGCGGCAUACCUUUGGAGGAGCUCAUGAUCGCGAAACCGCGAGAUUGGCUUUAUCCAUCCUUUCCGGGCGCCACUUACUACGAUGCGCUGGAGGCGUAUGAUGUAGUCGAAGGGCGUCUUGCUGGCAUCAUCAUCGACCUGGGUCGUAAUCGUGAACACCUGCUCCCGCCUUUAACACUCUUCGCUUGCUGGAGCAUGCCUUACACCUGGUACAUGCAUCAUGACUUGAAAUCUCCGAUCGGUCUGAGGAGGCAUGACCAUGACUGGCACAGAAGACACUAUUUUGUGCUGGAACAGACGCAGGACGAAUGGCAACACGCGCAGGACCUAUACAGCCAGCGGCAGACCGAACAACAAGCACCCCGUGUUGACCAGCGGCCCUUCCGCUUCGAAGCCUUCUAUGUCAUGCCAUGGAAGGAUAACGCGGGGCCGCGCUUCGAGAGGCUUCUGAGGUACGACACUGGCGAGGGCGGGAGGUCACUUGCGGGUCUUCCGGUGAAGAAAGUCGACAGGUCGGUGGUAAUACGAGAGAACUACUUCGACAGAUUCGAGUACGUGGAGAACUGGCCCAAAGGAAGCGUUGUUUUCAAGGGAUACAAUGAUUCGGAUUGGGUUGAGCAGGAGAAGGAAGAGUUCCAAGCCCGGAAACGCGGUCGCAAACUUCCACGUCUCCCCGCCCCUUCUUCCCCAGAAGACGAGGACUCGCCUAGCGACGAAGACUUACCCGUCAUGCGACCGGCUAGUGGACCGCCAGCCUCAAGCCCACCGCCAGCCCCGAGACCGCGCGAAGGCAAACAAAGAGCCGGAUGCCCUUUCCCGAGGGUGAUUGAGCCACAUAUGCCUCUGGAGGCGAACUGGCGGGCAAUCGUCUCUAGCGCGUUCCCACCACCCACGCCUGCAGUGGCGCCUUCAUCGCGAUUGGAGCAUGUGCAGGCGCCGGCUGCAACGGAAGAGGGACCGGAGGCGUCGUCGUCGUUAGGCGUGGCCGAAAACAGCUUUGAGCUGCAGCAACCGACCGCCCAUGAGACGGGAAACUCGUCCCGCUCCAGACAUGGAGGAUGGCACGAGGUACAGUCCAGUCUAGGACGUGAAACCCGGCAGCAGCAACCUGGCCGCCGCCCACUCGCGCUCGCCACGCGGCGAAGUCCGUACGAAUCACCGAAGUCAGCGACCCGUGGGUGGCGGGACGGGCGUCGCAAACCAGCGCAAGGUGGUAGCUCUUAUCGACCUUCCGUCCCAGAAGCUUCCUCUCGCUUUCUUUCCUGGGGCGCUCACUGUGACGGACGGCUGUAG